AGUCCGCGCGGCACGCAGACGGACCCCGCACUGAAUCUGGGAACGGCCGCCUCCUCAUUUCUCCCUGUAUGGAGCUUUCCGCUAUCGGGGAGCAGGUGUUUGCGGUGGAGAGCAUCAGGAAGAAGCGCAUAAGGAAGGGUAAAGUGGAAUACCUGGUGAAAUGGAAAGGAUGGCCCCCCAAAUACAGCACGUGGGAACCAGAGGAUCACAUUCUUGACCCUCGUCUGGUGAUGGCUUAUGAAGAGAAGGAAGAACGAGAGCGUGCCUCAGGUUACAGGAAGAGAGGCCCCAAACCGAAGCGCCUUUUGCUGCAGAGGCUGUAUAGUAUGGACUUGAGGAGUGCGCACAAAGGAAAAGAGAAACUCUGCUUUUCUCUGUCACGGAGGUUUGGGGGAGGAGGAAACAACUUGGCGGCAGGGACCAAGGGAGGGCAAGCAGAGCUGUCUGAGAAGAGUGGGGGAGGAGGGGUGCUGCCUUUCCCUCUUCGGAAGCAGAACAAGAACCAGAAGUACUUGCGCCUCUCACGGAAGAAGUUCACCCGCAUGUCAAGCCUGGAGAAUCGGAAUCGCCGCCGGGAGUUUUUCCUGAAGGAACCGAUGGCACUAGAGGACAGGCAGACCCCCAAUGACUGGGAUGAGGCCACACAACCUGCCAACAAAGAGGUGGGCUCAGAUACAGCAGAAGGCUCCCUCUCAUGGAGCCCAGCCCUCCCCCCAAAUGAAGUGACAGUGACAGACAUCACAGCAAACUCCAUUACCGUGACUUUCAGAGAAGCACAAAUGGCAGAGGGCUUCUUCCGAGAUCGCAGCAUCCCGUUCUGAAACUCAAUUU